AGUUCUGAUCACGUAUUAUUCAUAGAAAACGUGGUGUUGUCAAAUGCGGAAAGAAAACUGGGAUGAUUUGGAUGAGAAAUACGCCAACUUGGGCAAGAAGCAGGCUGAAACCAAGCGUGAGACUUCGAGAGUUGCCAAAAAGAAGACGAAGAUCGGUGGCAUAUUGACUUCGGGGACUGGGGGUCUUCAACCCGGGCGACACUCAUGUGAAUGUCAAGCCACGAAACAUAAAUUGCUCGGCAACUGCCUGCGUUGCGGUCGUGUCGUUUGUGAGCAGGAGGGGCUUGGGGCUUGUUUUUUCUGUUCUACGCCGUUUCCCGAUGACAAGUUCAAGCCGGUGGACAGUUUUGAAACGAUUGGGAGUCUAAUCGCUGGAUUGGAUGAACCGAAAAAUGGGACAGCAGUCGACAAAGACUUGGCUGCAAUCAAGGCCGUCGCACAUAAAGAAAAAUUGUUGGAUGAACAGCGGACUAAGGUUAUCGAUGACGAAUUAGACUACUUUGCUGUGGAAUCGAACGUGUGGCUGAGUGCUGAACAACGCAAGGAGUUGAUGAAGAAGGCGGAGGAGGUGUUCGCAAAGAAACACGCGAAAAGGUCGGAGCGAAAGGUGUGCGUUUCUUUGGACUUCGCUGGCCGACAAAUUAUUCAAGAAGAUUCGCGGGAACCGAACGACAUGAACCAGCUGUUAUGUGAUACCAACGAAGCUUUAUUAGGUGUAACGGGGUCGCAGUUCUUGAAAAGUUCAGGGGACCGGAUGCUUUGUGCUGGCGCAGUGAAGCACGCACCUCGAUACCUUGCCGUGGGAAGUGAUUUCCCCGAAGAUGAGAAGAUGGACAAGAAGCGCUGGCUCCUGGAGGCGGACGUGUCCAGAGUGCAGGACAGAGAGUUGAUGACGAUGUCGGACAUGGGUUGGUGCUUGAGCAUGCAUCAGCCGUGGGCCACCCUUCUUGUGGCGGGCGUGAAACUUCACGAAGGUCGCUCUUGGUACUCGAGUCAUCGUGGUCGGAUGUGGAUCGCGUCGACGGCGAAGCCGGUAUCGCGGGAAGACGUCGUGGAGCUGGAAAGAUUCUACCGGAAUCAUUACGGGGACGCUCACUGGAUGAGAAGACUGCCGGAUAGCGACAGAGAACUGUACGUUUCAGGCUGCCUCCUGGGCUGCGUGGAUGUCGUGGACGUUCUCUCUCAAGAAGAGUACCGAGAAAAAUUUCCUGACGGAGAGAGCUCUUCUCCGUUUGUCUUCGUAUGCGGAAAUCCCAAGCGAAUGAGGAUUCAGAUUCCGAUUCGUGGAAAACAUCGUCUGUGUGCGUAA